AUCUAUUUGGAAAGUGUGAUCUUAACAAUUUCUAUUGUUUAUAUCGAAAUUGAACCAUUUAGCAAUAGUUAUUCUGUUUAUAUGUGGAAACGUUGAUACAGUUACUACUUUAUACAGCAGAGCUUGCAAUGAGUAUAUUGAAUGACAAAGUUUUACGUAAAAAAACAUUAUUACUGAAAACCGGAAGUAUUUUUUUUGUAAAAUAUCAACAAACUUACAGAGGUGAUAAAAUUAGAAAUUGUCAAAGUAUAUAUCAUGUGAAGAAGAUUCGAGGUUUCACUUUAGUAUUGGUCUAGUCUUGUACCCAAGGUUAUAAGUAUAGAAUGGCUUCUGAAUUACCCCUUGUCUCACGUGAACAGGCGUUUUUGGAAACAUACUUCCAGUGUCUUAGCCAGUUUGCAUAUGACAAAGCUAAGGAUUUAUCUGAGAAGGAACGUGAAAGCCAAAAAUCAAUCAACACUGGUCCUCUUUGGGUGCAACUUCUAGCUUCUCUCACUCAUCUGGCGAUAGCAGAGAAAUCAUAUGCUGGACUUAUGUUUCUUGGCCCUAAAUGGUUUAGCAGAAAAGAGAAUUUGCGUACAUCAUAUGGGAGCCUACUCGGUGAAUUGAGGCAGAUUGAAGUGAGUGGUUCUAAGCCUGAUAAAGACAGGGAUACCAUGGAUAGCUCAUUAACUCACCUGAUAUCUCACCUGUGUGGGCAGCUAGCACACUUCCUUACUGCAAGGUCAAAGUCAAUGGAGUUUUAUGAACAGAUGGCAACAAUGGGCAACAUGCGAGUCAUGAAUUAUGAUGACCUACUGAACGUUAUAACACACAUAAUACAGACCCACCAAAAGAACUUCCAUCAUCCUAUAUUAGCCCCUUUAAAGCAUAGCUUUAGUGUUGAGUGUGACAUCAUCACACAUCUGCUAACAGCGCAACUAGAAAUGUCUCAGUGUGAUUUUCUCUCUUCCCUACUACAUCUGAAUGAGGCCCAUACAAAACUAACAGACUGGACCCCUCUGGUGCCAGUCAAGGAGGUGAAGAAAACACUGGGGUUUGGUAGCAGUACUAAAAAUCCCAGCAACCCUGCACUCUAUCAGUGGCUCAGCAAAUACAAAGCAACUCUAGUCUCUAAGUUCAGUUUGUACUUUCACGAUGUAUUGAACAAACAACCAGGGAAGCAAUCUGCUGCGAUGGACAUGAAAACUAUCACAGCCAAGGCUUCCAUUGACUUCUAUGGAAAGAUUGUAACAUUCCAUAAAAAAUCUGAUGUCUUCAAUGUGUCUAUUAUCUUAGAUGUGAACGGGCUGGAGGGAAUAUACAAGGGGCCUGGAUACCAUCACCCUGACAGAAUCAUGGAGUCUCCCCGGGGCUUAGACAGCUAUCCUGCUGUAUUCUCAUAUCCUAAUGAACGUCCACUCAGUCACUGGCCCAAUGUCUUGAUGAUUAUGAAUGAAAAAUCAGCUGAUCUCAACACAUUUGAUAAAAUCGUAUGGUUUUAUGACAAGCAUGUGAACAGUACAUACUUCAUGACAAGGAUUGAACCUAGGAUGACAUUUGCUGUCAUAUUUGACACUAAAAAGGCAGAGAGGGACUCUUAUAUUGUUAACACCAUUACUGACAUUUGCUCAAAUCUGAGAUGCACCAAAUGUUUUGCGACAUUGAAACCUGGUUCAAAAUAAUCAUCGUUCAUUAAGUGCAGUAAUUCAAUUGGGUGAAUUAUGGUCCAAAAUAGACUCAAUGAGUCAAUUGUGACGCUAGGGAAUCUAGAGUGAUAUUAUUCCACAGUUUAAUCUUGGUCUCAGGUGUCAACUGUGACAGAUGUGCGUCAAAUGUGACAGUAGGAGCCAUGUGUAACACUAUGGUUAGAGGUGACACUAAGAGUACAUGGUGACACUUAUCAUCUGAGACACUACAGUUACUCGAGCCAUGGAACAUACAAAUGGAAACAUCAAAUAGGAAGUAUAGAUGUCACAUAGAUAUACAGUUGAGGUUGCAACAAUAUUUUGAUCCAGUCAAUACAGACACAGCUGUUCAAGUGAUUUUCGAAGUGCAAUGUACCGUAAUGAGAUUGAUAUAGAAUUCACACUCCCCCAUAUUCAAUUACCUAUGUAGGCGAUUUAUAGUUUUCAGUUUAAAGAUAGCUUCUUGGUGUAUUGUCUGAAUCAAUAUCAUAGAAACAUGAAGACAAUUCAACUCUGGCUGUAAUUUGUAUCAGUUCCAUUAGCGGAGAGAUAAUGGAGGUUCUAUUAAAAUCGACAAGUAUUUGUAUCCACUUGGGUCUUCCUUCUACUUCCUCAGUACAUUUGCAUACCAUGUUUAAAUAUCUGAUUGUCUUUCCUGGGGAAAUGGCCAUUAAUAGCAAAGUGAUGCGCAAUAUGCUACAAUAAAAUCAAACUAAAUAUUUAGUUUUAUCUUUUAGAAAAAUUCACUUUUCCUGGUCUGGUAUCACAUGUAAAUGUCAAUUGAGUUAAAGACGUCAUUGUAGUGUUCUAGAAACAUUGCAACUGUUGUUGUAUAUGGUUAGAAAAGGAGAAAUCAAUAAAGAUUGUAAUUGUAGGAGUCUCAAAUGUUCAUGUUUUAUUCCAGAUAGGCAUUGUGUAACUCAUUUAUGCUCAAUUCUGGAGUCAUGUGGAUCUUAGAUAGUCUUCUAUUGAUAGCAUUUAGUAUUGUGUCUCAACUUGAAAGAAUUGAAUUUGAUAACCAAGAUGCUAGUGUGAAGUUACCAGUUUCACCGCCAGAUGGCUAAUUCGGGUCAGAUAACAUGGCAGACAUAGAAAAUUCAAUAAUAAAUAGAUUAAGUUGAUCAAUUUUCAUCUACAUGUAUGUUGAGUUUGAUAAUUAGUUUGGUGCAGGAAGAUAUUUCAAUGUUCAUGACUUAAUGGGCUUUGUGGGGAAUAUCCCCAACCUUGAAAUCACUUUUCAAAGAAAAUUAAAAUUUCAUUGUUGAUAAACUUUUUAAAACUUCAUUUCUAGAUAUUAUUUUGUAUGUACAUUGUAUAUAUUUGGCUUAAUUUUUUGGAAUAUUCAAUAGUUGAAAUUAAAGAUUACAAAUUCGUAUAUUGUAUAUCUAGUCUAUUGUGCUUAUAUUUAGGCUUUGUUCCUAUCACCUGCUUCUGCUAUUCUCUUGAAUCUGUUAUUCUUAUUAGAAACGAUAGUUUAAAAAUCCAAUGGAGGUUUUACCCACAAUAUUCUCAAAUAAGAAAUAAAAAUAAGUGGUUUUUAAACUAUAACCGUCAAAAAAAAUUCAUUUCAUCUUUUUCUGGGAAAAAUAAUGGAGUUAAAUGUAGUAUAAAGUAUGUUUAUAAACAGUUAAUUGGCAGGUGUAUUAAAGACAGCUGUAGUGAAAGACUUACCAAGACGUGCUAAGAAAACUUCUGACAUACCUUUUCUUGAAAUACUUAUGUAUGCCAUGUUGACUUUGAUAAACUAUUAGAUUGCCCCAGAUACCAUGGCAACAGGUUGCAACCAUACCAGAACUAGAGUUCAUUAACACCAACUCACUUUUUUGUAUUUAUGUUAGAAUUAAAUAUAGGUUUACAUUGGGUGAAUGUUUCAGGAAUUAUUCUCAAAUGCUCUUAAUUUGAGAACAAAAGUCUACUUUUUGACUAAUUAGUGUAUCAAACGUACUUUUUACAGCCUUUUGGGAUAGAAAUAUACAAUUUUUUAUCAAAUUGAUAUUGUAAUGUUCAAAAUCCUUGCCAUAAUGCCAUUAUAAUUUUUUGUCCCUUGAAAACUUGAAAAGUAAAGUGGAUUAGUUAUGUGAAUAUAAUUCACUUUUAUGAUACAAUGCACUGGUGUCCCCAGGAUUUUUCCAAGAGGGGUACAUCUACACCUAAAACCAGUCUCCAUCUUCAAAGCUUGUACUUGAAUCCUAGCUUCUCCACCUCUUUCACCAGAACACAUAGUUCUUUUCUCAGAGUCUCCUUCUCAGCACCAUGAACAAAUUCCCUGAGGAUUGGCUCAGAAAGGGAGUGCACUCGCACCCAACACCCUCCACUGACGCCCAUGUAAUGUAAUAACACAAUGCCUAACUGUAUACAUACUUUUGUGUGAUCAUAGAAAAACAAGUACUAUAUAAGUUGUCAUUUUGCCUCAUCAUUUAAUUUGCCUAUUGCCUAAUUUUUGCUAGGCUCAGAAGGAAGUUUCUUGUAUAAGGGAAAUUAAAAUUAGAAAAAAUGAUAAAAUACGC